AUAUAUAUAAUCACAGUAUUCGCACUUUGCACUCUUCACAUUAGGUAUGUAUAUGUAAGGGUCCAAGAUGGAUAUAUGAGGAAAACUAAGAUUCAAGCGAAAUUUAUUCAGCAACAAAGAACUAAAAUCUCAAUAUACAAUCAGAAGUAGAAUUUGAUACAAGGAAAAUAAACUAAAAAUCGAAAACUACUCAUUGAAAGUAAGUUAAGUAAGCUUUGGACUUUUGGACUCUUACCAGCGUCGUCGCCGAAUGCCGACUGCUUUAAGUUUUCUUGUCUCAAAGUACCUAUAUGCAUUAGACAACGUAUUCUAUUAGAGUUCAAUAGUCAUGUGUUGUUAGUAAUAAUAUUUGAAUUUGAAAGGCAAACAACAAGAACGAAUAUACAUCGUGUAUAUUACAGCAUAAUGUCAUCAAAUGCAAAGGAUCGGUAAACUUUUAUUGUUGAAAGUCUCGCACAGUUGAGUACUGUCGAGUCCCCAAAUACGGUUUCUCUUGGCUGCACGAUCAAAAUUGAAUCAAGAGAAAAGUUUUAGAUCAAUAGCAUUCAACAUUUCAUUUUUAAACUUGAAUAUUUACAUAUUAGCUAUACGAAAUUGAAUUUUGUAAAAGGUUCUACAUAUCUUUGAACAUUAACCCUUUAUUUUGGCUUAUUGUUAUUAAUAAAUUCCGACAUUUUACUAACAACUUUGUUAGCAAAUCGUCACUAUGGAAGCUUUAAUUCCUAUUAUAAACAAGCUUCAAGAUGUGUUUAAUACUGUUGGAGCUGAUGCUAUACAGUUGCCACAAAUUGUAGUAUUGGGUACACAGAGUUCUGGUAAAUCAUCAGUAAUUGAAAGUCUUGUUGGUCGAACAUUUUUGCCAAGAGGCACUGGCAUUGUAACUCGUAGACCACUAGUAUUACAAUUAAUUUAUACUCCUAAGGAGGACAAAGAGUACAGAUGUGCAGAAGAUGGUACAUUGGAUGUAGACGAAUGGGGAACUUUUCUACAUCAAAAGAACAAAGUUUAUAAAAAUUUUGACGAAAUUCGUCUAGAGAUAGAAAAUGAAACUGACCGUAUGGCUGGUUCUAAUAAAGGAAUCUGUCCAGAACCUAUAAAUUUAAAAAUUUAUUCUAGAUCUGUGGUUAAUUUGACUUUGAUCGAUCUUCCUGGAAUAACAAAGGUUCCUGUUGGAGAUCAACCAGAAGAUAUUGAAAGUCAAAUUCGUCAAUUAGUACUAAAAUACAUCUGUAAUCCAAAUUCUAUUAUUUUGGCUGUUGUAACAGCUAAUACAGAUAUGGCCACAAGUGAAAGCUUAAAAUUAAGUAAAGAUGUUGAUCCAGAUGGGAGAAGAACAUUAGCUGUUGUCACAAAAUUAGAUCUUAUGGAUGCAGGUACUGAUGCUAUUGAUAUUUUAUGUGGCAGAGUGAUUCCUGUAAAACUGGGUAUUAUCGGUGUAGUCAAUCGAUCUCAGCAAGAUAUUAUGAAUAAAAAGUCAAUUCAGGAUGCUCUCAAGGAUGAAGCAGCAUUCCUUCAGCGAAAAUAUCCCACUUUAGCCAACAGAAAUGGAACACCUUAUUUAGCGAAAACUCUAAAUAGAUUGUUGAUGCAUCACAUUCGAGACUGCUUACCAGACUUGAAGACCAGAGUGAAUGUUAUGGUCUCACAAUUCCAAACUCUUUUGAAUUCUUAUGGAGAAGAUGUUGGAGACAAAAGUCAAACUUUACUGCAAAUAAUAACCAAAUUCGCUAGCAGUUAUUGCUCUACAAUUGAGGGUACAGCCAGGAAUAUAGAAACAACGGAACUGUGCGGCGGCGCGAGAAUUUGCUACAUAUUUCACGAGACCUUCGGAAGAACGUUAGAUUCCAUACAUCCAUUAGCUGGAUUAACAAAAAUGGACAUUUUAACAGCUAUUAGAAACGCAACUGGACCACGACCUGCUCUUUUUGUGCCUGAAGUAUCCUUUGAACUUCUAGUCAAACGGCAAAUUCGUCGACUUGAAGAGCCAUCUUUACGAUGCGUUGAACUUGUUCACGAGGAAAUGCAGAGAAUUAUACAGCAUUGCGGAAUAGAAGUUCAGCAAGAAAUGCUACGUUUUCCAAAAUUACACGAACGAAUAGUAGAUGUUGUCACGCAACUUUUACGUCGAAGACUUCCGACGACCAAUUCAAUGGUCGAAAAUUUGGUUGCUAUAGAAUUAGCUUAUAUUAACACAAAACAUCCAGAUUUUUAUAAAGAUGCUGCUUUAGUGUCCUCCUUACUUAAAAAUGCUGAAAUGAAUCAGCCAAAGCAGAGUAGAAGACACUUAGCUACUUCUAGUGUAGUAGCUAACGCUAUCAUGCCAAUAGAAAAUAAACAAUCAUACAGUCGAGAUGACUACAACAUUUAUUCGGAGCAAAAUAACAAAGAAAAUAUACAACAAAAUUGGUUGAGUAAUUUACUACCACAGGGUAGAGCUGAGUCGAGUGGUCAGUCGGCAGAUGGAUCACCGAUAAAAAAUCGCGAUGAAACUACUUUGCCGAAACCCAACCAGAGCCCUGAUGCAGCGUUAGAGUUACAAAAAGCUGUCAGUUCGCCUCAACAAAAGCCGGUCAACUUAUUACCCGAAGUACCGGUGCAAACAUCGCGUAAGCUCAGCGAUAGAGAAGAACGGGAUUGCGAUGUUAUUGAGAGGCUCAUCAAAUCAUAUUUUUACAUUGUACGGAAAUCUAUUCAAGACAGUGUACCUAAGGCUAUAAUGCAUUUCUUAGUUAAUUAUGUAAAAGAUAAUUUACAAAGUGAAUUGGUGACGCAUUUAUACAAGUCAGAUCACGCAGAAGCCCUUUUGAAUGAAAGUGAACAUAUUGCUGUCAGACGUAAAGAAGCAGCCGAUAUGCUUAAAGCUCUCACACAAGCUGGUCAUAUUAUCAGUGAAAUCCGAGAGACUCAUAUGUGGUAAUUGACAGGUAUCAACUUUUUGAGCAACUAGCAUUCAUUGCCUCGCGUAUCGAUUUAAUAUUCUUUACCUAUGCAUUAUAAA